AUGACUUACUCCAUGGACCAUUUUGCUGAACUUUAUGUGAAUGAGAUUGUGAGAUUACAUGGGGCACCGUAUUCUAUUGUUUGUGAUCGAGAUGCUCGAUUCACUUCGUCUUUUUGGGAAAGCUUACAAAGAGCAAUGGGAACUCGAUUGAAGUUCAGCACUGCAUAUCAUCCAGAGACAGAUGAAUAUGUGUCGUACCCAUCGCAUGUUUUGAGCUAUGAAACACUGGGUUUGCAGGAAGAUUUGUCCUACAAUGAACGUCCGGUAAAGAUUCUUGAUCAAAAGGAUAGGAUUUUGAGAAAUAAGACAAUUACCCUGGUGAAAGUCCUAUGGAGAAACAGUGUGGUUGAGGAAGCUACUUGGGAGCUUGAAUCUGAUAUGCGAGAACAAUAUCCAGAAUUAUUUGAGUAA